AUGGUCAACAUCAGUGGAACUGUACAAUCAAAUGUCAUCACAACAGGCACUGUGACGUAUAACGCUGAGCUGAAGUACUACUACUCGUGUGCCUAUCCUCUGGAGUACCUGAUCAACAACACUCGGGUGGAUGUGUCGUCCUCCUCGAUUGCAGUAAAAGACAACAAUGGCAGUUUCAUCAGCACGUUGCGUCUCAAACUCUUCAAAGACAUAAACUUUACAGAGCCUCUCAUCAUGCCUUCCCUCGGUAUUGAGCUGAGGACAAAUGUGUUUGUGCAAGUGGAGGCCACCAACUUGACCUCCCAGUACUUUGUGCUGCUGGACAGAUGCUACGCUUCCAUUUCCACUACACCCACCACCUCAAACUUCUUCAACCUCUUUGUGCCAUGCAGCAGUGAUCAGUUCACUAAAAUGCUGGUCAAUGGGGAGAUGCAGAUUGCUCGGUUCUCGUUUCCGGCCUUCCGCUUUACAGAGCAGCAAAACCAAACAGUAUCAACAUACUAUCUGCACUGCAUCACAAGACUGUGUGAAAUAUCAACCUGCAGUACAUUUAAGAAAUGUGGCAACCGGAAAAGGAGAGACGUUGUGCCUUUGACCACCACUCCUUCUCCAAAUGGAGUCACAGAAACCACCACCGUCACAUCACCAGCCAUCCUCAUACGCUCAGAAAACGUGGUGGCAACCAAAGAGGAAGAUGUCACAAUCAGCACAAAAAAACCUUCAGACAUCUCUGUGGGCCUCGGCGUGGCUGUGGGCAUCCUGGCAUUCGCCUGCAUCAUGACUGUAGCAAUGGGAGCAGUUUUCUACAAGGGAAACUUGCGCAACGCACCUUCAAAAAUGCUCCGGUGA